CUCCAGGGCUUAGGCGGCCCCAGGCAGAGGCGUCCCCGGCGGUUCCCUGCUUUUCCUGGUGUUAAUAGCGUUUAGCUUGUGAAUGCUGCCUCAAGAAUCUGCGUGUAAGAAGACUCCUCGAUGAGGCCAGUGAAACCAAAAGAAGAUGAAACAUGAGGAGGAGGACCCCCAUGGGACAGAGCUGGAGAGAGUGCCGGCCCCUCCCUGCGGCGCUGCCCCCAGGGAGGCACAGAAAGUGGGAGAAACCAAAGAACGGGAUGAUGAAGACCCGGUAAAAGAGAGUGUGGAGCCCGAGGAGCUCGUGGCCAUCGCAGACUACACGGCAACGGAUGAGACGCAGCUCAGUUUCUGCAGGGGAGAGAAGCUGCUGGUGCUGAGGUGGGUGACAGCCGACUGGUGGUGGGGCGAGCAGGAGGGCCGCCACGGGUACAUCCCUGCCAGCUACAUGAGGGAGAGCUUGGACGACGCAGAGCCUGAAGACACGUGGCAAGAUGAGGAAUACUUUGGCAGCUACGGAGCCCUGAGACUGCACUUGGAAAUGCUGUCAGAUCAGCCGAGGACAGCCGUGUACCACCAGGUGAUCCUGCAGCACAAAGAAUUUCUGGAAGAUAAAGUGAUUUUGGAUGUUGGGUGCGGCACUGGCAUCCUCAGCCUCUUCUGUGCCCGUUACGCACGGCCCAGAGCAGUCUAUGCUGUGGAGGCCAGCGAGAUGGCCCAGCACACCGAGCAGCUGGUGCUACACAGUGGCUUUGCAGACAGAAUCACUGUCUUUCAGCAGAAGGUGGAGGACGUGACCCUGCCAGGGAAGGUGGAUGUGCUGGUGUCAGAGUGGAUGGGAGUGAUGCUUCACUUGUGUCCUUUUUCCCUCUGUCUGUAGUCUGAGUUCAUGACUGAGUCUGUGCUCUACGCAAGGGACAAGUGGCUUUCCCCUGAUGGGGUCGUUUGGCCGACCACGGCUGUGAUCUGCCUCGCCCCCUGCAGUGCUAAGAAGGACUGUGACCACGAUGUCCUCUUCUGGGACAACGCCUGCGUGUUUGACCUCAGCUCUUUAAAAUCUUUGGCCAUCAGGGAAUUCUUUGCCAAGCCCAAGUACAAUCAUAUUUUGGAGCCUGAAGAGUGUCUUUCAGACCCACGUCCUGUCUUCCAGUUGGACAUGAAAACUGUGCAGAUCCCUGACCUUGAGAAGAUGAAGGGUGAGCUCUGCUUCUGCAUCCAGAGGUCCGGGACUCUGCAUGGGUUUUCUGCCUGGUUCAGUGUUGAGUUCCAGAAUGUGGGAGAAGACAGACCGCGGCUGGUGCUGAGCACAGGCCCCUCAGACCCCACAACGCAUUGGAAACAGACCUUAUUUAUGCUGGACGAGCCUUUGGCCAUCCGUGCCGGAGAUGUGGUCACUGGCUCCAUCGUGCUGCAGAGAAACCCGGUAUGGAGGAGGCAUAUGUCCGUCACCCUGAGCUGGACCGUCACCUCCGAAAAAGACCCCACCUCUCCAAAGGUUGGAGAGAAAACCUUCCCCAUCUGGAGAUGAGGCCUACGGAGGGCCCAGGCCAGCAGGUAAGGAAACUGAGGCCCACAGGGGCAAACAGACUUGCCCUGGGUCACGCAAGGAGUGGCAACGUGAGGAGGACCCAAAGGCUGCCCGCCACAACACCAUCCUGCUCGUGCCUCCGACAGCCCAGGCCUUAGCCUUCCAGAGAGCUCUCUGUCCCUCCUGCAUCCUUGCCCCCGAGGGCAGGUGGAAGUCACAACAUCGGGCUGUUGUCACACAAAGCUCCAGGUGGAGACGUGGAGGACGUGUCUUACUGAACAUCAUACUGGGGGCAUGGGGGAGGGGAGAAGCCCUGCCUCGUGGCCUCCCUGUCUCCUGGCUGUCCGUGGCCACGAACUGUCCCUUCGUUCUCGGGGCCUCCUUGCUUUGUCUGUGGCUCAGGCCUCGCCCACCUUUCGGAGCCUGGCUUCCUCUGUGCGUAUGAUCCUUCUGGUGCCCGUGAUUGGCCCUCCUGUGUUUCUUGGAGCGCGCCUCAUCUCUAACUGCACAGUAACAGGCCGUGACCUUCCGCUCCGUGGGCUCAGUGGCAGCCACUUUGUCUCCAGGUCUCUGCUGACCCGGGGGGCUGCUCGAACAUUGUGGGAGGUGCUGGGCCUGUGCUCCCAUCUUUGAUUCCCUGGGAGCUCCACCCGGGUGUACCAUGAGCAGCCCGGCCCAGGGUGUGGACGGCCCUGCUUCCCAAUGGAUACCCAGGGCAUGUGAUCCUCCGCCAGUGCUGUGCCAGUCCCUGGCUCCCCGCGGCUCCUCAUCUUCGGCUUCUUUGCCAAUUUGCUGGAUGUGGCCUGAACAAUCUGGGGAGGGGUGGGGGGGGGGGAGUUUGCUUGGUUUUUUUCCUGCAUCUUACUAGCAGUGAUUCCAGCGUUCUUUUCCUUUGUUUCCUUAUCUGUUGGGGAAGUAUUCGUUUUUCAGUUGUUUUAAGCUGUGAAUCUGUGUGAUUCCAGAAAAGGGGCUUCUGAGCUGUCAGUGACGUCACACUAGAAAGGAGGGACAAAGAUCCCUCCUCCCUUUGGAAGCAAGCACAGGGCACCUAACCGAAGCUGUUCUCUGAUUUGGAAGCAAUAAAAUCAGUUUUUAUUUUUGA